GCCAUUCUGCUAGCAUAUUCGAUCGCAUGGUCCCAGGACAAGCUGCUGGAACGGGCCCGUGUAUCUGUCGGCAAUCUACCUCGUUCUCGGCACACUGCGUACAUCUGUAAAAUCACCUACCCGUUUUUGAAUUUUCAAAUGACUUCACCGAAAGGGUGACAACUAUGACGAUUCAUCUGAGUUUUAGUUGACUCUCUGAGACCAAAUUUAAAAGUGAGUGAUAUAUUUUUUUAGUUUUGUAAAAGACAACCGGAGUGGAGAUGGGAGGGUGUGGAUCCAAGAAGGCGAAUAAAAAGGAACUGUUGUUGGAGAGUAUUGAGGCGCACGAAAAGGGAAUUAAUUGUAUGGCCCUCAGUGAGGAUGGAUCCGUCUUGGCAACAGGAAGUGAAGAUAAAUCGCUACGUCUUUGGUGCACUAAAACUAGCCAGUGCGAGUGUAUUGGGACAUUACGAGGGCAUGAAGAUUACAUCACGUGUAUUCUGAUCGAGGACUGUUACGUACUGACCGGAAGUGCUGACAAAACACUUCGAAAAUGGGAUGUAAGUACUUUGGAAUGCGUUUUGGUCUGCCGCGGACAUACCUCGGUCAUAUACCGUAUGAUCUGCACCGGGGACUUUAUUUUCACGAGUUCGUACGACAGAACAGCCAGGUGCUGGGAUUUCGACAAUGGGGAGUGUUUGCGAGUUUUCAGGGGACACAAACGAGGAGUAUACCCCCUUAUAUUCAUACCAGCAGACGACGAAGACAUGGACGAUGACGUUGAUCCGGACGGAAGUAAGGACAUUCUAAUAACCGGAUCCGCUGACUGUACAGCCAGAUCCUGGAAUUUUGAAACAGGACAGUGUCUGAAGGUGUUCAAAGGAAAGGACCGUGACGGCAACAACGUGGGACACACUGGGGCAAUAACCUGCAUGGCUACGGAUGCACUCGGGAGAAUUCUAUUCACGGGGGGUACGGAUAAUACAGUCAGAAGUUGGAACCUGCUGCGCGGAGAACAGCUGAAAGUGUUCUCUGGUCACACAGGUUCCGUCAUAUGCAUGCAGAUUGUGAACAAGAUAAUGUACACUGGAAGUUCGGACCAUACUGCACGUGCAUGGGUGACCGAAUUUGGUGACUGCACCAGGAUUUUCAAGGGUCACAAACAUACAGUCAGUGUCAUUAAGGUCAAGGAAGGACUAGUUUACACUGCAUGCGGGGAUGCAUGUGCAAGGGUUUUUGAUGCAAAAUCUGGAACUUUGAAACGAGAGUUCAAAGGUCACAAUAACACCGUGACAGCUAUACAGGUGGUGGGCGGGAAACUGUUCACCGGUUCCUAUGAUGGGUUCCUGAAAGUCUGGGACUCCACGGGAAUCAAAGAUGAUACAACGUUUGGUAAGGAAGAAAACAAGGACAAGAAAGAGAAAGAAGAAAAACAACAGAAGGUGGAUAGCAAUCAAAACGGGAUCGACAACAAGAUCAUGAUUGAUUGAGAUGGGGACUGUCCAGGCUGCAAUCACACCGAAUAAAGACAAAUGUACUAUUUAUUGACAUACGUUGUCGUUAAAUCUUAUUCAGCUGAAUAGAAUGUAUAUACUGGAUGUAAUAUACAUGUACGUUGUAUACUUAGCAUCUGUUAUAUAUUGUAUUUAUAAUGAUGUACAUUCUGCGUGGUCUUUCGGAAUACAGGUACUUGUGACCACGGCGUUCGGAUGAUGUCUUGUAGAGCAUAACUUUUUACAUAUGAGUGAACAUCGUAGAAUCGUGUCCACUCUCUGGGUUGUUUUAAAGGUGUUGCAACUUAAAUUAUUUUUCAAUGCAUGUAUUGAGAAAAAUACUGAAUUGAAGUUUUGAUAACCAAGAAUUCAUCUUCAGUAUGAGAAUACGUUGUUUUUAUCGUACAAUAAUACUUUGUUGACGAAUUUAGACUAGCUUUUGUUGUGAGACAUCAUUCGUAGAAAGUCUGUCUUGAUAUGUGCAAUGACCCCGAUUGAUAGGCGCAGUGACCACGAUUGAUAGGUGCAGUGACCUUGCGUACCAGUUUCAUCAAUAAUGAACUAAUCGCAUAACUAUGAUUUACUACUUGUUGCACACAAUGUCAAACAUUUGUUACUACGUAUUGUAGCACUAAAUUAGUUUUCCUCGUUUUUAUAUGUAUGGUAAAUUGUUAUUCUGUCUUUAAAUCAGCUUUUGUAAUUCCAUAUUUCACUUAAUUAUCAUUACAGCCGUCCAUUUUAUUGUAUUUUGUCAACAACAUUUAAGAAACGUUCAGUUUUAAACGAAUUUGCAUUUGAUUCUGAUAUUUAUUAUUUUUUUUAAAUUAUAUUUUUGCAAACAUUUGUAAAUUGCUGAAGAAUAGAAUAAGUUAAAAACUGCUGUUUAUCUAUUUUUUGAUACAUUUGUUUAAAUUUUCGUAUUAAGAUUAAAAGUUAUUUAUUUACCAAUCUUCAACAUAUCAAUACAGCCGUCCUUUUAAAAAAUAUUUUCUUUAAAAAAGUAUAUUGAAAACUGUGUGUUGUCUUUUACUUGUUUUAAGUAGCAGCUAAAUACAGCGUUUAAUGUUUAUAGUAGAGUCUCAUUUGUGUAUGUACAUGUAAGCUGUAUUUUUAUAAGUAGUUUGUACAUGAAGUGUUUUUCUGAUAGGCUAUUUGACAAUUCAUACAGUGAUUUCUUACAUAUACAUGUAGUGGCCUUUCCGUUUAUGGUUUGGAAAUUCCAGCUGUUUUUGUGACUAUGUAAAUGAAAUGUGCUAACUAACCCAAGCAAUAUAAUGAUUCAUUCUUUUACUCCUACCACAAUUAAGCUCACAUCCAAUAAAAAAGAAAAUACGUGCAUAUGUAUGAGGUCAGUAAACGCAUGAUCCUACGCUGUUUAGAUCACUGCCAUUUACCCUAUCGACGAUAAACAUUAUUGUUUACCACCAUAUACACUGAAAGUUAAUUGAAGUAACAUUUAGUAGAAAUCAAAGUAACCAAUUCUAUUGUAAUUAGAAUGAAGUCAAUGCCGUAUUUCAGCUAUAAAAGAAAUUUUAAAAUCCAUGAAUAAAGCUCUUGAAAAAUGACAUUCUUAAAGACUAGUUUUUUUUUUAAAAAUAUGAAUGUAUUCUUAAAAGAAUACUAAUGAUUAUGGCGUGGUUUGCAUACAUUAAAGGCCCCCAAUCAACGUAUUGAACGUUCAUGAAAUGGUGCAUGAAGAAAAUGGCCUUUUUGCACGAAACGCUCUAUUCAUAACUUAAUUAUAACUGCUCGUAUUGUAAUAAAAACCUUUCAGUUAGCAAGAAUUAUUGUGAAGCUUUUGUUUAAUGUAAAGAAAAUUCAUAUGGGAAAUUCAGAGAUGUGGCGAUAUUGUAAUAUUCUUGUAUCAACUGCAGGAUAUAUUUUUCCUGAUUAAAAUGCACAAAUACAUUUAUCAAAUACCCUUUAUUGAUACACUUUGCGUCAUAUUACAUCUCGAUGCCUACAUUUCACCCGAAUAUUUGUAAAUAGUUUGAAAUUAAAGUUCUUCAAACCGAAAAUUAACCUGUAUACAUUUUUUGUUUGUUAAAUAAAUACACGUUUAAGAAUUUUUCAUUGAUAAAUCUAACCCCCCCCCCCCUAAAAUACUAGUCCGUAACAAAAGGUUUCUUGAUGAAGUUAAAUCAGUCAUGUUUAUUAGAUAAAAGUAAACAACCAGAUAUUUAAUGAAUGGUGUUUAACAUGUUUUGCAUGUAAUUGUUCGAAGACUUAUCCGUCAGCUUUUUAAGCCACCGUAAGUAUCUUUACUUACAUGUACCAAAUGUGAAACAUUUAAGUAUGUAGACUAACAUUAGAAUGGACAGAAAAUUAUCAUUAUAUAUAUAUAUAUAUAUAUAUAUAUAUAUAUAUAUAUAUAUAUGAAAUGUACUUUCUGGGAGUAUACAUUUCCUGCAAUAUACAUGUAAUGCUACAAACUUGUUCACUAUGAAAAGUAGAAAGUCGAAACGGAAAGUAACAACGAUUGCUGAAGUCCACAAUCGUUGUAUAGUGUGAUUUAUUUAUGUUGCGUAGUUAAGAGCAUGCUGUUCCUUUUCAGACUGUUGUGGUUUCAUUUUGUUGUCCCUCCUUGUGAACUGCUAUUAUGUAGACUGUGAUAUUCCGCUAGAAACAUUGAGGAACCAUUCAUGACGAAUGUUCCCUUCAACAUUUUCUCUUGUUAUCCUCUAUUUUGCGAUAAAUAAAUGUUAAACUACGAAACAAA